AUGACAAGUCGCGGCGUUGGUGCUGCUGCUAUUGAAGCCAAAGCUGUCACAUCCCUUGGCACAGCUCACUCGUUUGUGGUUCUUAACGCUGUGGCACACAAUGGGAUAGGGCAUGUGCUAACUCGCGUGCUGAACAAGAUGGCAGUCAACGCUUCUGAAGUGUACACUGACAGGGAAAAGCACCCGCUACAGUCGCUGUUGGGGCUCGAAAUCCGUCAAAUCGACGAGGUCGUGGACGUCGCCAAAUGCAUCUUUCGAGACGCCGCUAUGUUCGGACAUGUCGACCGGAACUUGCUGCUGUCGCGUGGCGCGGACGGCAGUGUGGUGCGUGCAGUGGAAGAGGCGUGGAAAGAGGUCGGAAGCGUAGUAGCAGAGCGUAUUGCGGCGGCCCGAGAAGGAGAGGGGUCCUCACUGGUGCUACAAAAGACCGGCUGGCGUCUGCACCUGCAAAUGGGAAGCAGCAAGCGUGCGGGCCAUCUACAGCCGACGGCAAUAUUCCAGCUGGAUGUGGUAGACGAGGCCUCCAUUUCGAAGCUGACUGAAAAGCUGGAUGUCGAGCUAUCGCACGAAGAACUGCGCUCGUUGUUCCUGCAGCUCAAUGCUGUUCAAGCAGAGUUGGAUGGGCUGCCAACGCCAUCGGCGUAUCUCGCGCAGUGA